AUGGAUUUUGGAAGGAAAAAGACUCAAAAGUACACUUUCAAGAGUCCUAAGUUAGAAGACCUAAGGAGAUUGGGAUCUUUGGUUAUUGACACAGCGGCUUUCAGCAAAAGAUAUGGACAUUUACUCUCUCUUUUGAAGAUCAACAUGGCAGAUGGACUUCUUUCUACUUUUAUUCAAUUUUAUGAUCCUGUGUAUCACUGUUUCACUUUCCCCGACUAUCAGCUUAUGCCAACACUUGAAGAAUACUCUCAUUUGAUUGGUGUUCCUAUUUCUAGCCAGGCUCCAUUUUCUGGUUUGGAGGAAGAUCCCAAAGAUCAAGACAUUGCAAAGGCUACUCACUUGAAAAUGUCAGAGAUCAGGGAUCACAUGACCACAAAAGGAAAAAUGCUUGGUUUGACAGCUAAGUUUCUAAUGAACAAAGCUCAGUAUUUUGCUAGAAUGAGGAGUGUGGAUGCGUUUGAGGCUGUUUUUGCUCUACUUAUCUAUGGAUUGUUUCUCUUUCCUAGUUUUUAUGACUUCGUUGCCAUGGAUGCCAUCAAGAUCUUCUUAAUAGGAAAUCCAGUUCCUACUUUGCUUGCUGAUGCCUAUCAUUCUGUUCAUAUGAGGAAUUCUUAUAGCGGGGGAAUGAUUACAUGUUGCGUGCCUAUGUUGUACAAGUGGUUUAUUUCUCACUUGCCUAGGUCUCAUGCUUUUUGGGAUCUUAAGGAUGGUCUUUUAUGGUCAUAG